AUUGAUAUAAUGAAAGCCUUUGUUUUACUGUUGUUUUUACUUGUAAACAAUACCAUUUCCUGGUGUCUUCCCUCAAGGUCAAAGUUCACAAGGAAUAACCACAGCAGCUAAUGGUGGGGUUAGCUAACGCAGUGUAGAUAUAGUACUGUGGUGUUGGAGGGAUACAUUACAUUCAUUGACCGGGAAAUAAUAGGGAGUAAACUGAGUUUGCUGGAGUGUACUCCAGGUGAUAUUGUGUGUGUAUUUAGUGACCAGGCUUUGAAUGACAAGGAUUAUCAGUGAUCGCUGGCUGGACGAACAAACUAAUUUGAUGAUCCACCUCUUAAGUGUGAGAGUGUUGUGGUGUAAAGGAAUUCAUUUUAUAUAUAUAGAAGGGGAAAAACAUUGUUUUUGAUGAUGAAUAUUUAAUGAGGAAUUUGAAAUGGAAUUAACCACUAUCACUGGAUGUUAUUUGUGUUUUUUCAUCAGAUUUUGGUGUGGCUUGUGAUCACAUCUGUGAAAUCAGUUAUUGAUUUGAAUAUUUAUAUCUUAUUUUACCUCAAGUUUAUUUUAAUGUGUUAUCUAUCAAAGUGCUGAAUUGAGUGAAUAUUAGGCAUUCCUGCAGAUUAAUUAAUAAACAGCUAAUUUAUUUGAUAAUGGAGAAAUCAUUCUUGUUGUUGAGAUAGCUAGUCUACACAAUGGUGAUAAUAGAAAGCAAUUAAUCUAGCUCAGCAUUGAUUCAAUUUCGCGUAAUCCAAGUUUACAAAUAUGCCAUUGGGAAAAAAAUGGCGAUCGAUGGACGUUCUUCAUUUUGGCUCAUCUAAGCAAGAUAAAGAGGCCCUAAAAAAGGACGAUGGACUGGUAGGAUCUGGGGAACAUUUGUCUCGAACCUGUGAUGCUCGGGUAAAGGGCGGGUCCAGAGAAGACCUGAUUGAUGCAGAUCCACCGGUUAUUCUAAGAAAGAAGCAUACUAGUUCUAAGCAUCGGUUUAGUUCACGAGAGGACCUCCUCGAUAAACCCGCCUCCCCCAAACUGCGACAGAGCCUGCAUGUCCCCUGGCACAAGACUAAGUCGAGCUCUAGGGAUGAUCUCAUAACUAAUGAAUCUAGGAAAGAAGUGAACGACAGGCACUCUAGCAGUGUGAAAUUGGAACAACAUGGCACUCAGGAAGAAACCAAAGAAGGUUAUAUACAGAGAUGUGUGAUCAUACAGAGAGAUGAGAAGGGCUACGGACUCACAGUCAGGGGAGACAAUCCAGUCUAUGUAGAGUCUGUCAAAGCAGAUGGGGCAGCAGAGAGAGCUGGCGUCAGACAGGGAGACAGGAUUUGUAAGGUGAAUGGGACACUGGUAACAAACUCAAACCAUAUAGAAGUUGUGAGACUUAUAAAAGCUGGAUCUUUUGUACAACUCACACUUAUGAACAAAGCGCCUGAAAAGGUCACCAAACCCAUUCCAGUUGAUUCAAGAAAGAGCGCUGAACUGCAGGCUUCCAAACUCUCGGAGAUCAAGAAGUAUUAUGACAACGCCACUGAGGAAUUACAGAGAACAAGAACCCAGUUACAGAAUAAUCCCUCAGAUGAGAAACUAGCCUCAAAGGUCAAGGAGCAAGAGACUCUUGUUAAAAAACUUGAAGACCAAUUAAAGGUUCUUAGUUCUACCUUAAACUCUAGUCAAAAUAAUGCGCAAGCAGCAGAAGAAAGUAGUCCUGACAUCGGUAACGGUGACGGAUCAGUCGCUCCGUGGCUGCCUGAUGGUCCGAAACAUAAAAAGUCAGGUUCUACCCCGAUUGAGUUUACACCUGACACUAGGGAAUUAAGAACUAUAUCUCGCUCUAUGUCUGACGCUAGCAGUCGAGUUAUGUUUCGGAAGCCUGCACCGGUACAGAAACGACAGCCAGGGGACAUAAGUCCAGAGCAUGUAAGGUUUAGCACUAGGCGAGGCCGAGUGUUUAGAAUAAAGAAGGGAACCACCGGUCCAGUUUCUGAUGGUAGCAGUGUGUCGGAUUCCCCUAACACCUCCCCUCCACCCUCACCCACCCCCGCCCACCCCAACAACUUAGAAGACACACAAUCCGUCCAAAAGAAAGACCUGGAGUACGACGAAAUCAGUCAAACAAGUCAGGUUUCCAUUGGACAACAACAGAUGCCAAUCAUAGCAGCAGAGGAGGACGAAUUCAACUCAGAUGAAGAUAUGCAAAACAAGGUACCAGUGAAUGGGAGGUCCUCCUCGUUAACAAGUGCCUAUUUAAACGCCAGAUCUCAAGCGGAGCUGGAUGACUGUGGGCCUUUCAGUAGUCUACAUCAGCUGGAGGCCAAGCCUGCCCAUAUGUCUGUCUUCCUCAACUUUGUCCUCCAGAAUGAGUCACCCUCAGCCCUGUUAUUCUAUAUAACCACAAAUGUGUACCAGCAAGCUAAAGGCGGUAUCAAGGAAUUACAGAAAUGGGCAUUCGAGAUUUUCUCGACAUAUCUGGCAAAUGGAGCACCCCUAAAGGUGAAUGUGGACCAGGGCCUGGUGGAGAGAAUCAAUGAGACAUUCAACAGUAAGGCUUCCGAGAAGGAGGACAUUUUAAGGACAGUGUUUAAUGGAGCUCGUAACUUUGUUCAAACCGAGAUUUCCAACAGCCUUCAAGGAUUCUGCAGCAAACUAGGCCUAGGUUUUGGCACUAUGUAUGGUUUACAGCUUAUUACUAAUUCAUCAAGUAUGAGGCAGAAAGAGGAAGCUGAAGUUGCAUUACAAAUCCUGUCUCCUUACAUUGAGAAAGUCCCACAACCGGAUGAUGAGAGUAAGCCUGACCAGAGUCAUGCUAUUGCCUGGGCUGUAGCCACAUUCCUCAGACAUAAUGGAAUAGCGGACAAAAAACACUCCUCCAUGGAGAGAGUACAGAGCUUUAUGGCAAAGGAUAAAAAGAAACCUUUGAUCCAGAGAAAGAGGACCCAGAAGGGACACAGUUUCCAGCCACAGCAUUUUUCUCGGGUGGAGAACUGUAUACAUUGUAGAGAGCUGAUCUGGGGUGUGGGGAUCCAGGGGUACCAGUGUUCCAACUGUGAGUCGUGGAUACACAAAUAUUGUCUGGACAGCCUAGAGGAUCAGUGUCCAAAGAAAAAGCGACCCCGACCUCACUCAUCUGUGUUCAAUAUUCCAAGACCACAAGCAGACCGAAAUUCCAGUUCUAGUAUAGAACAAAUACUAAGUCGAUCAGUUUUCCAUGUGCCACUGGCUUUAUCAGUCCCCUCAUCCUCAGAAGCCCCCAGUCCAAGUCCAGCCAAUCCCACGACGUUUAACAUACAGUCCUUAAAGGAUGAGCGAGAAGAAGAUAAAGUAACCCCCAUGCAUACAGUGAAUUCCCUGAUAAAGAGAUAUGACAAUGGUAACCCUGACGCCCCGAGUGACCGUAAGAAGAGCCCUAGUGUGGAGGACAUGGCCAAUAAGAAAUCGACUGAGAUCAGUAGAUCUGAAAGUUUAAAGGGUCGGCAAGACCAGAAAGGCAGAAUUAAACAACGUCGCGUUAAAAGUGACGUGGAAAUUGAUGAUAACAUGAUGAGGACCAUAACAGGGAAUUCCCCCAGUUCCUCCUCCUCCAGUAUCAGGAGUGGGGAAAGCCCCAGCAGUUCUAUGGAUGCUGUUAAUAAUAUUCCACAUACCAUAGAAAAUGACUCAGAUUUCGAAGUUGAAAAUGAAUUACCUCCCUUAGAAUCUAUUUAUCCUAGAGAUGUUUACAAGAAAUUACGACCAAAAGAUAGGAAGAGACUAGAAGUAAUAAAUGAAUUGUUUUACACAGAAAGAACUCACUGUCGGAACUUGAAGAUAUUACAGAACUUAUUUUAUAAACCUAUGUCCCAGGACCCUAAUAUAUCCCAGGAUUUGGUUAAUGUAUUAUUCCCUAACCUAGAGGAAAUGGUAGCUCUACAUGGUUCAAUGAACUGUGCAAUGAAAGAAAAGAAGAAGCAGAAUUCGGUGGUGACAGAGGUUGGGGAAAUAUUACUGGCUCGGUUUGAAACUGAGGGAGAAGCAUUCCGUAAUGGCUGUGCCAAAUUUUGUCAGAACCAGCAAUAUGCCCUAGAUUUAUUACGGGCAAAACAGAGAAAAGAUUCCAAGCUGGCAAACUUCCUUAUGGAGGCAGAAAGUAGUCCCUUGAUGCGCCGGCUUCAGCUACGAGACUUAAUUCCUACACAGAUGAUGCGUCUCACCAAAUAUCCACUAUUAAUAGAAAAUCUUAUGAAAUAUACUCAAACUUCAACUGAGGAGUAUGCUCGGCUGGAACGAGCCCUUAAGUUGAGUAAACAAAUUCUGGCUUAUGUCAAUCAAGCCGUGAAGGACUGUGAAAACAGCUACAAACUAAAAAUGUUACAACGUAGAAUUGACAAGAAACAACUGGAUCAUCCAGAAUUUAGGGAGCUGGAUCUGGGUAAACAUAAGCUGAUGUUGGACGGAGCGUUAACGUGGAACAUUAACCAGAGGAAGUCAAUCGACUGUCACGUUGUACUGUUAGAGGACUUAUUAGUGCUAUUUCAGAAACAGGACGAUAAACUGGUUCUCAAACAGCAAUCUACUCAACUGGUGGCCGGUAAAGAAGACAGCCGAUAUCAGUUCAGUCCUCUUCUCAGGCUGGAGAACGUACUCCACACCAACAGCAAAGCCACGGACAAGAAGGCAUUCUUCGUUGUUUCAAAAACCCAGAUUUAUGAGCUCUCCGCAACAUCAACAGAAGAACAGAAAAAGUGGAUAAGACAUAUCAAAGAAGCAGCUGAAACUUUCAAGAAGAGAAAGGAUAAGGCCCAGGAACCGGCACAGGUGCAUGAGCUGGCCGUGGAGCCUCCACAGAUCAUCAGAAGGCCGAGUGCCGAGAGACAGGAGGAAGAUAUAGAGGAGGAGCUCAUUCAGCCUGAUGAGAUCACUGUACAGAAUCCACUAACUCAGAAGGCUGAGCCCGUCCUGACCCCGCUAGAGAAGAUCCGGCGGCUGGACGAGACGUUACAGGAACACCUUCAGGAGAAGACGGUGCUAGUGGCGGAGGUCCUCAACAUCCCCACCGCCGAGGUCCCACAGAGGCUACAGAUGGUGGAGGAGAUGCCAGAGAAUGCUAACACCAGUGAUAACCUGCUCGCCCUCAGUCAAGAGACACAGAAUUGUUUGGUUUUGUUAAACAAUGCUGAAUCUGGACUAGCAGAGGAGGAUCUGAAGAUGCCAAUACCAAUGGAGAAACUCCGAGAGAUGGCCAACAGAAUGAACCAAAUUCUCACCAAUCUCCUGGAAAAAACCAGACAGUAUGCGGCUCUAAAUUCGGGGCACACCCCCGCCACUUCCUCCGCGGUGGUGAACAGUCGAGAUGAAGAACGAGAACGCCUUCGUGUGGAACUUAAGGCGGCUCAAGAGGAACUGAAUAUGCUGCGGGAGAUCCAGAGGCGUGUGUCUGGGUCUAACACGGCCGCCCUCGCCCCGGUCCAGGGCCGACCUCAGAGCUUUAUUUCGGACGCCUCAUCGUUCUCGGAUACUGAGGUCGUAGCCAACACAGAGGAUGAGGACAUGCCAGAUGUUCAGUCAGAUCAUAAUGAGGUGGAUGAGGAUACAGUGGAAGUACCUGAUGAUCUUGACGUGGAUCCUGAGACAGCUGAACCUGAGGUCUCCCCUCCCACUAACCUACCCAAGGAAAUCACAGACAUUGAGUCUCUGACCGAGAUUGAGCCUCCGUUGGAGGAGUUCAUGGAGGAGCCGGAACCUCUCAGUGUGCCUGAGGACAUUCUCACGGGAGGCGAGGACACAGAGAACGCCGUGACGGAGGGGGGUGUCCAGAAAGCCGAGAUCAACCUGAUCGAGGAGUUCAGUGAGGAGGUGACCGAGUUCUCGUCCAAUCAGAAGGACGUCGUUCAUUCCGAGGACAGUGAGGACACUGAGUGCAAGGACACAACAAAGGAGGAACAAAGUGCUGAGGUUCCUCCCACAGAAAAUUCAUGUGAGGACCCAGGAGGGCUUUCAGAGGAAACCAAGACAGGUGCUGAUGAUGAAAGACGAUUCAGUAACGAUGAUUACGAAGACGCAUUGGAAACACAAUCAGAAAUCAGGGAGAGCAGUGAGCAAAGGACUAGUGAGAAAUUACAGGAAGAAAUAACGGACCAAGAGAAAACAGACGUCGGAAAAGAGGGGGCCGAAUCCGACCCAGAAACUGCUGACAAACAAACAAAGGAAGUGUCUGAGGACAGUGAAAAAAGCCAAAUCAUUGAGGACAAGCUGAGUGAAAAGUCAGAAGAGAAAAUUCUGGAGAAUGAAGACAAUGAAAAUAAUAUAGAAUCUACAAAUACGACGGACAAUAGGGAAGAUAGCGGGUCUCCUGUAUAGCGUCGACUUCUGUCUCACUGUGAUAAAGUGCUACAUUAUAAUUACAGUCAUUCUCAGUUAUGUCCCUUUGUUCAUUGGGAGACUGCUGUGAAGUCAUUCCUCUGUACAGCCUGUGUUAGACGGAGAAGAUAUUGUAAUGGAAACUAGUUUAUAUAAGGAAUUAACAAGAUACAAGAGAUUGAUGCUUGUAGUAUUGAGUAUAUUAUAUAUACAUAUAUAUAUAUAUAAAUCUAUGUAAUUUUUUGUUAGAAGGAAGAUGUCACAUAUUUAUUUAUGUUAUGGUUGUCUCCAAUGUUACUAAAUAUAGGAUAAAUGUUUACAGUUUGUACAUGUGCUAAGGCCUCAUUGUCAAAACCCCAAUAAAUUAUCAGUGUCUACAUUUGUUACAUAUGCAAAUGUCACAAGCUAGCCUUCAUGAAUAUUCUGGAAGCUCAUUACCUCAUUAUCACUUUCAUUUCAUGGCUGUGAACAUUUAUUUUAGGCAUCAGUUUAUAUUGUUAUUCAUUCUGUAAAGGCCCAAGUUUGAAACUUGGUGCUAAUUCUAGGGUGCAAUACAUUUAUUUUAGUUCUAUUGCAAAGCUUUUUAUAUGAUGUAUGGAAGACUUCCUAUGUUUUUUUCGUGCUUGAAUGAAAGAGUGCUCAAGACUGGCAUAUCAGGUCUCAUUUUGUAUCAGUGAACGUUUCUCAUAACUGUGCCACAGAAUUCCUGAUAAAACUGCCUAGAAAAUCAGAGAGAAAAAAAACAUCACUGCUUAAAAAACAAUGAUCUGUAUCAGAAGCUAAUGUAUCGAGCCAGUUUUCCUUAAAAGUUGAACUGCAUUUUCAGCUCUAAAUUUUAUAUUGUUCAUUUGAUACAAAAUCUGAGUGCCAUGCUAAAAGCUUUAGCUCGUUUCACAUUGGUCAUGUGACUUCUCGAUAUCUGAUAAGUCACAUGAUAAUAAUUAUAUUUAAUAAAUGCAAUCAUUAAAAUGCACAGAUAAUUACUGUAAACUUUGGGGUCAAGCAUAAGCCAAGAUUUAUGUUGAGAAAUUUUUAAUAAUGACUCCAGAAAUAAUAAAAUUUUAAAAACCG